ACAAAGGAUGUGCAGCUACACCAAAAUGGACAUCAAGAAUUCAUUCAACGUGACUAACGGAUCGAUUGCCGUUCUUAUUUUAGCAGCUACAUUUGUUUUGAAACUGGUUGUUGACAGCCGCCACGCGCGUCUUUCUCAGAUUCCAGGCCCAUGGCUCGCUCGCUAUACAGACCUGUACGCUGUCUAUUUAGCUUGGCGUACUGGUCGGUCUUCACCAAAGGAAAGCAUUAUGAACGACCUACGAGACAAGUACGGUGAUGUGGUACGCCUUGGUCCUCGCUCGGUCACCGUGUUUGAUCCUUCGGCGGUACCUGUUAUUUACGGUGUCCGAUCAAGACUUGAUAAGGGUGAAGCUUACAAGCCUUUCCGCCAAUCCGGAGUAACAACAAGUUUACUCAGUAUUCAGGACGAGGCGCUCCACUCGCGGUACCGACGUCUGGUAUCGAAUGCCUACUCCUUAACAUCAUUGAAGGCUUACGAACCGUAUGUCGAUGAGCUUAUUGCGAAGUUCGUCGAGGUUUGCAACAGUCACGUUGAGGAAAAGAAGGCGCUGGACCUGAGUCGCUGGUGCUACAACUACUGUUUUGAUGUUGUGGCCAAGCUAUCACUAGGAAAACCCCUCGGGUUCCUGGACGGGCACGACACCUAUGGGCUGUAUGAGAAGAUCAAGCGAUUCGGCGCAUACGUUGCCAUCAUCUCUCAGAUGCCCUGGAUACACAAGGUUGUCCAGGAAAACGUCGUGAUGAGACGUUCAAGGCCAUCUCCCUUCCUAAAAGUCGUCGCUAACGUCGUCACCGAGCGCAUCCACCAAGGCAAAUCCGAAACGCGACCGGACCUGCUGUCGUACUUUGUCGCGACGCACGAGACCCAGCCGGAGCUCAUGACAAUCAAACAGGUGGCAAUAUCGGCCUCUGGGAAUUUGAUUGCUGGAAGCCUCAGCCCUGGCAAGACGUUCCAUGAAAUGUGCGAGUAUCUGGCGAGAAAUCCGGCCUCGCAGGACAAGCUUUACGCGGAAUUGCAAGGGGCGCGAUGCGGACCGUUCCCCACCUUUGAUGAUGUCCAAGAACUGCCUUACCUCGUGGGUAUUGUGAAGGAGGCAUUACGCCUACACAGCUCGGCUUCGUUCAAUCUGCAGCGAAUAACCCACCCAGGGGGGCUGCAACUGCCAAACGGCAUGUUUGUGCCAGGACGAAUCAAUAUAGGGUGCCCGGCUUCCCAGAUCAACCGGGACCAACAAGUAUUUGGCCACGACGCUGACGUCUACAAACCCGAGAGAUGGAUGCGAGGACAAGAUGAGAGUCACGAUGAUUACCUCAACAGGAGGUCAGUGAUGGAGAAGACGGAGCUCACGUUCGGACAGGGGUCGCGGACGUGCAUUGGAAAGAACGUUUUCGCCCUCGAGGUGUACAAAGUUGUGGCAACGCUGGUUAGCCUUUUCAAGUUCGAAAUGACCGGAGGCACUGGAAAUGGGGUUACUGUAAAUCUUACUCGCAGGGUUCAGCAUACGUAGUAGUCAUGGAUUCUAGCUGGCAGAGCUGAGGCUCAUUCCGCAAGAGACAACAGUUGGAGCUUAAGACUGAACGAGUUGGAGCUUGUCCGACAGUGCAAGAGUUAACGAUUGAAAUUAUCGGUUAGCCGAGCAAGGUGCUCAAUUGAGCGAGGACUUUGAAGGCCCGUCGAGACGGAGAAGAACAAUUCCAU